CCCUUUUUCUUCUCUGCAAAUUGCUUUCCGACGUUGCUGCUGCUUCGUUCUUGCUCCACCGGAGCUAUCUCAGGUAUCAUUAUAGGCAAAUUCGUUUUGGGAAGUGAGGAGCCAUAUGAUGGCAACAAGUAUAUCACCAUCGUUAAUUCCUUUAGAAACUCGGAAUUCAAUGGGGGUAUUAACUGUAUUUGGAGGGAGAGUUUCAAUGGAAACUCGAUUGGGAAGAGUGAGUUUCUUGAAGAUGACUGAUGACAAACAUGGGUUUUUGAAUACGAGCCACAAGAUAUCUUAUGGUGCCCAGAUUAGAUGUUUGGCCAAUUCUCACAACAUCAAUCAGUUUAAUAACAAAGAUCAGUUUCUCAAUUUGCACCCAGAAGUUUCUAUGCUUAGAGGUGAGGGAAACAACACGGUGAUCAAUCCACGGCAGGAUAACAAUUUGAGUGGAAAUGUUACUGAGAUUUUGAGAGAUUCAACGAAUUCUGGUAAUUACAACGAGGCCAAGAUUAAAGUAAUUGGUGUUGGAGGUGGUGGGUCAAAUGCGGUUAAUCGAAUGAUUGAGAGUGCAAUGAAGGGUGUGGAGUUUUGGAUUGUGAACACUGAUGUUCAAGCCAUGAGAAUGUCGCCUGUUUUCCCAGAGCAGCGAUUGCAAAUUGGGCAGGAGUUGACACGUGGGCUUGGCGCUGGUGGUAACCCCGAUGUUGGUAUGAAUGCUGCCAAAGAAAGCAGAGAAUCUAUUGAAGAAGCUGUUUAUGGUUCAGAUAUGGUUUUCGUUACCGCUGGGAUGGGUGGAGGAACAGGUACUGGUGGGGCCCCUAUAAUUGCUGGGGUCGCAAAGUCGAUGGGUAUUUUAACUGUUGGUAUUGUUACAACUCCGUUCUCGUUUGAGGGCCGAAGAAGGGCAGUUCAAGCACAAGAAGGAAUUGCAUCUUUGAGGGAAAACGUAGACACUCUGAUUGUGAUUCCAAAUGACAAGUUAUUGACUGCGGUUUCUCCAUCUACCCCUGUAACAGAAGCUUUUAAUCUGGCCGAUGAUAUUCUUAGACAAGGUGUUCGUGGUAUCUCUGACAUAAUUACGAUUCCGGGCCUGGUUAAUGUUGAUUUUGCUGAUGUGCGAGCCAUUAUGGAAAAUGCAGGCUCGUCUUUAAUGGGGAUUGGAACUGCAACAGGGAAGACUAGGGCAAGAGAUGCUGCAUUGAAUGCCAUUCAAUCACCUUUGCUAGAUAUUGGUAUCGAGAGGGCUACUGGAAUUGUGUGGAAUAUAACUGGUGGUAGCGAUUUGACAUUAUUUGAGGUGAAUGCUGCAGCUGAGGUUAUAUACGAUCUUGUGGAUCCAAGUGCUAACUUGAUCUUUGGAGCAGUCAUUGAUCCAUCAAUAAGUGGUCAAGUUAGCAUAACUCUUAUAGCAACCGGAUUCAAGCGACAAGAAGAAAGUGAUGGGCGGAAUCUCCAGGCCGGUCAGGCAGAUGUGGUUGGAAUGAAUCGACGAUCACCAGCCUUCACGGAAAGUGGUUCAGUAGAAAUCCCGGAGUUUCUAAGGAAGAAAGGGCGGUCACGCUACCCACGAGCUUGAGGUGGUCGUCGUUUUUUACCUUUUUGCCCUUUGUGAUAUAGUGAAAGUAUGGUUGUGUAGGUAGAGAAGAUUGUUGCCAUUAAUUGCUGGCAAAGCUUUAAGAGAGAAUAAAAGGGUUGUAGCUGCUUGUUGCAAAGUGGAUGGCAACUACAUUACUUGCUGCCAAAAGAUUGUUUGAACCAGAGGUUAGAGAAUUUAGUUGUGUUUUAGUCGGUCCUGCGUAUAAUGUACGAUGUUGUCGGAAGAUUUACUAUUUCUGUGUGCAUAUAUACGUGUCGAGAUCAUGGAUUCACUAGCAAA